CCCAUUAUUUUUCAGUGCACUGUUGGCCAGACUGCGCGCUAGUUUGGCAAUCCUCAACUCGUGAGGUACCCGAUUGCCGACAUUCCGUUUUCUGUGUAAUUGCGUGCAAAUACAUUUGUAUCAAAUUUGUGGACGGUCGCGAGAGAAGUAUUCGUGCUCCAUGCACGAAUUUAAGUGAACCUUAUCUGCACAGAUUGCUUGAGCGAGAUUCUGUUGCGAUUUGCCCGUAAAUAUGUUUGGACAAACUGGAAACGCAUCGUUCAGUGGAUUUAGCACAGCUACGCAAAACAGUCCGUUCGGUCAAUCUGCAUUUGGUAAACCCAUUACUACAACAAGUUUUGGUAGUGGCGCAACACCUGUCUUUGGUAGUAGCAAUACUUCAUCACUCUUUAGUUCUAAGCCCACAGGUUCUACCACAGGUGGCUUGUUUGGAAAUGCCACAACGCCACCGGCAUUUAGACAGCCAUCUAAUACUCAACCGUCUUUUGGAGGCUUUGGGACAACAAAUACAAGCACCAAUCUUUUCGGCACCCAACAAAAUACCGGGACAAAUCUUUUCGGCACGAGCACAGGAACCUCGGCGUUUGGCCAAGCAAACAAGUCCGGUUUUAACUUCGGUACGACAUCCGGGACGAAUUUGUUCGGACAGCCGCAGCAAAAUGCGCAGCAAGCUACUCCGUUUGGUCAGGCCAACACCGCCACAAACACAAAUCUUUUCGGUACAACCACAGGUUUCGGCAAUACUAAUCCGACUACCGUGCCACUUGGCACUGCGGUGAAAUUCACGCCUGUCAUUACAACUGACUCAAUGUCGAAAAAUGGAAUAUCGCACAGUAUCUCGGCCCGUCACUGUUGCAUCGCGUCUAUGAAGGAAUAUGAGUCCAAAUCUUACGAGGAGUUACGCUUCGAAGAUUAUCAACUUGGCAGGAAAGGUCCGCAGACAGGACUCUUUGGAGCGUCGGCGCAAACAUCGCCGUUUGGUGGCACAGCAGCUGGUACUAGCACAGCUGGGACAGGAUUUGGAUCGAUGACCGGAGGAUUUGGCACCACUAGCCAAUCGGGAUCGACCGGACUGUUCGGAAAGCCCAUUACUAAUUUUGGAACGCCGGCAACUACAACAACCAACAGCUUUGCGUUCAAUUCUACACCCACCACAAAUCUGUUUGGUACUAAUACUCAAACAAAGCCAUUUGGUACAGCCGCUCCGACGCCCCUUUUUGGCACUAGCAGUACUAACCAGGCUGCUGGAACGGGUUUUGGUAGCAUCAAUGCCGGGCAGAAUACAGGAUUCGGAUCUGCGUUUGGUUCCACGCAACCUAAUCAGAGUAUCGGAUUGUUCAAUCAGAACAAGUCUGCUUUUAAUAUUCCAUCGACAUCGACUAGCACCGGCUUCACUGGCUUUGGUCAACCGGCCACGAACUCCACUACACCAUUAUUCGGUAAUAAAACGACCACCACCGGAUUUGGAACAACGUCUACGUUCGGCGCGGCCGCGCCUACUACAUUUGGAACUGGUACAGGUUUCAAUUCCGGCUCGAAUGCUGGGACCUCGUUGUUUAACUCGUCAUUCAAACCAGCCGGACAAACAUCGGGAUUUUCUUUUGGAACUACACCCGUAGCCUCAACUGGACUUGGCACGAAUACUGGUUUAAGUUUGGGCGGCGGCUCUUCCUUAUUCGGCCAACAAAAACCGGGCAGUCUGUUCGGAAAUACCGGAAACAAUACAACGUUCAACAAUCCUGGAACGUUUGGAUCGUCUACUUUUGGAACAGGCUCCAAUAUGAUGUCUGGAACAGGAGUGGGCUUGCUUAAUGGAGGGGUGGCAUCAAAUCAUACGAAAACGAACGGUUCGGUACCGGUGCAUCAGCAAAUCUUGGCUCUAGUUUCCGCACCAUUCGGCGAUUCGCCGUUAUUGAAGAAUCUUUUACCAGCAUCCGGAAAGACCGACGAACUCUUGAAACCUACUAAUCCAGCCGCGAAAGUACUGAACAGUCCGCAAUACAGAGUUACUGCCAAUAACAAGUCCCCGAAAAUUAAAGCGAGAGUUGUCAGUUCCGUGCAGCUAUCCAAGAAAUCUUUGUUCGAUGGCCUCGAAGAAGAAGAUCCCGUAAUAACCGAGGCCUUUCAACCUCGACCAAGCGCGAAACGUUUGGUGUUGCGGCCAAAGUCGGCGACCAAUUCCUCGGUUCAAUCUCCCACAGAAAAUGGGGAAACCGUGACGAGAAACGGUACUGCGGAUGAUAGGACGGAUAUAUCGAGUGUAGUGCACAGCAACAAUAUCGAGGUUAAUGACAAGGAAAAUCACAGCCAAGAUAACAAUCGACUUGCGAACGAUCGACGGUCGUCUACGUCUUGGUUGAAAUCGACGCUUCCGCGGAAAAAUAAGAUUUCGGACGAUGAAUUGCUCGAGGGGCAGCGAUCGCCUUUUUUCGCAACGAAUGUACCCGAAGAAGCGAAUAAUACGGUGGCUGAAUUAAGAUCGCAAAGUACAUCGAAUCAUUCGGAAACGAUCAAUUCGAUCGAAGUGCCACUAAAUUCUACUUUUGACGAGAAAAGUUCUGCAAAUCUCACCAUGCAGACUGCAGAAUCCAGCGAGGAAGCUGACGAGAGUCCGCUGCUACAAUCAAACUGGACUGUGAACAUGGCCAAAGUUACAUUGCGACGAGCUGGCUACUACACGAUCCCAUCGCUCGAUAAAUUAGACGAUUUUGUUUGCGGUGAGACGUGCGUCGUGCCAAACUUUACCAUCGGCCGUGAGGGUUACGGCAAUGUAUACUUCCCGGAUUCGUUCGACAUAUACGGCUUGAACUUUGAUGAAAUCGUACACUUCCGUCACAAGGAGGUGAUCAUUUAUCCCGACGACGAAAAGAAACCGCCAGUGGGACAGGGCUUGAACCGAAGGGCACAGGUCACGCUGGACAAGGUGUGGCCGCACGACAAGUCGCUGCACGAGCCGAUCACGGAUCCGCAGCGGCUCGCCGCGAUGAACUACGAGGGCAAGCUGCGUAGAGUAUCCGCGAAGCACGACACCCGUUUCCUCGAGUACCGGCCGGAGACCGGCUCGUGGGUCUUCAAGGUCGACCACUUUUCCAAGUACGGUCUCAGCGAUUCGGACGAGGACGACAAUCAGGCCCCGCCGAUCUCGGAGGCGAAGAAACUGAAGGGGUUUCCCCCGGCUGUGCAAAAGGGCAAGCCGGUCGAUCCGUCGACGGCGACGAAUAAAGGGGCGAUGAACGGAGCGAUGGUUAACGGAACGCUCGACGGUGGAAAGAUCGGAAACGACAAGCAGCAUUCGAGCAUGGUCGAAAACAAUUUUUUAGGCACGACCCCGAUCAACCGUUUUGCCUACAACGAUCACAGUUACGAGGAACGAGGGAUGAUGGUCAGCCCGGGCGGGGAGACACCGUUCGGCCAGUCCGGUUUCGUUUCCGGGGACUACAAUUACGAGAAACGAAUGACCGUCAGUCCGAUCGGCGAUAAUGCUCGAGUCGCCGGUACGGAUAGCCACAAAUUGCAGCUAAUGAAGGCGAGCUUCUUCGACGUGAACGACGAGGACGUGAACGAGGAGGUCGGCAUAUGCCCCUCCGUGCAGAAAACCCUGGUACGCUACUUUCCGGACGUCGCGGAAGCCAAGAGCGACGAGAUCCCGUACAACGCUACGAUGUUACGAGCGACUCUGGUCGCGAACGAGACUCUGUUCUCCACGUGUUCGCCGGAAAAGGCGCUCCACCCAAGCAAGAGGUUGCACUUUCCUCGCAUUGGCGCGCGAGACAAGCAGCCGAUGGCCGAGAGAGCGGUUCCGCCAGCCGCGGUCACGCCGGUGACAAGCGUGUUGAAGUAUCACUACGAGGUCGUGCCACUCAAGGAGUCCCGGUUGAACAGAUUGCGAUUUCGCUGCGUCGCCGACGCCGGCAUAUACAUGGGUAGGAAGUUCCGAGCAAGCUGGGGCGCUGGUCUGACGCUGCUGUCUCUGAGCACGCAGGAGCAGGCGACCAAGAUGCAACUGCGGAGCACGUUCAGCCAACUGAGCCGCUACGUCUCCGGCCGCCUCGCCGACGACGUAUCGUCGACGGCGAUUGUCCAACGUCUGCAGAUCCUCGGGGGCGAGGAGUACGACAUGAAAACGUUCCAGGACAGCGUGGAGCGUCACUUGAGAGUCCAGUUAGAUCACUGCGUGAUGGGCCACGAGGGGGACUGUCCCACGUUUGACGUAGCGACCGACAGCGCGAACGAGGCGUUGCAGCUGCACUGCACGCUGGCGCAGGAUCUCGCGGAGAGGGAGCAGAGGCCGGGCGAGGACGAGCAGACGCGGUGCGCCAGCGCCGGUGAGAGAUCGUUCCGUCGGUACGCGAGUACCGUGUGGACUCUGUGCGUGGCGCUCUGGGGAAACUACGCCGAUCAGGACAUGGCCGAGAGCGCUAACGAGGAGCACUACAACGUCAUGGUGAGGCGGGAAGCCGUAGGCGAUUGGCUGAGGAACGUGGUGCAGAAGACGGUCGAGCGGGAGACCAAGAGCAUCGACGGCGAGGGCAACUCGCACGAGAAGAUAAUGUUGUCGCUGCUGUCCGCUUGCAAGCUGGAGGACGCUUGCGAGGAGGCGCGAAAGGCCGGGGACCAUUGCUUGGCGCUGCUGAUGGCGCAGCUGCGAAGUGGCGUGACGGUCCAGAAGUUGAUCAAGCAGCAGCUCGCGCUGUGGCAGGAGACCGACGUCGACGAGAAUCUCACGAUCGAGCGUCUGAAGCUGUUUAUGCUGGUGGCGGGCGAACCACUCAUCUCCAGCAAACACGGUACUAUCAACGUGUGCGAGGACCUAGACUGGAAACGAGCCUUUGCUAUACAUCUGUGGUACCUGUCGCCGCCGACUUGCUCCAUCACUGACGCCCUAGACCUCUACGAGACGUCGUUCAACGCGACGGAGGCUCAGGCGUACGCGGCGGUACCCGAACCCGAGUACAGGGAGAACGAGUACGACGCCGAGUUGAGUAAUGGCAAACGGAUACACGAUCUCUGUUUUCACCUUCUCAAGUUGUACUGCACGGGAAAUCACGAUCUGGGCGAACUUCUCAAUCCGCUGGCGUACACCGCAAAUCCCUUGGAUUAUAGAUUGAGCUGGUUGGUGCAACAAACACUCGUGGCUUUAGGCUACACGCACCUCUCCGAUCAUGUCGCCGCAUUAACCCAUACAAACUUUGCGACUCAAUUGGAAGCUCAUGGACUCUGGCACUGGGCGAUCUUUGUACUACUUCAUCUACGGGAUUCGUCUAGACGACGAAUUGCUGUGCAAGACCUGCUGCUGCGCCACAUAGAAAUAGACGAUACCCCGGAAUACGUGAAGCGUGAGCAGUUUUUGAAGGAGGAGCUUGGUAUAUCGUCAGUUUGGAUCCACCAGGCCAAGGCUAUCAAAAGCAGUGUCAAUAAGAGAUAUGGCGAAGCGGCCUGGUACUACAUCCAGGCGGAACAGUGGACCCCGGCUCACGAAAUUAUUAUAGAGCAUCUGGCAGCUGACGCUAUAAUAAAUGAAAACUACGAGUAUUUAAAAUCACUGUUAAGCCCGUUGGUACCGAUUGAAUGUAGCGGCACAAUUAGUGGAUGGUCGCAUCAGGGGCAGCUCCUGUGGGAGUACAUGGAAAUAACUGGCGAGAUUCAGAACCUGUUAAAGUCCGCUCCGGAUUACUGUGGACUAACUUAUCAACUGGAAGCGUUAAAGCCUCGAUUAACGGGCUUGUGUCACAAAAUCGAUCAAUUCCCAUGCCCGACUGCUAAACACAGAUUGUGCCAAGCUGAAAUUGCAAAGAGGACUCUCCAUUUGACUAGAAAUAUGCUAUUGCUACAGAAAAACGAAGAGCAGUCCGUCACAAAGUUACUGGUCCGUUUAAUAUCUCAACUACCGUUGCCGGAAGAUUAUGCGCAACAGGAGCUGCGGCCCAUCGUUAAUGUACGCGUGACAGAAAUAAUUCUGUAAAUGUGUGAAGUAAUAACGUAUAAGUUAAUUUAUCGAUAAUUGUAAAGUUAACGGAAAGUCCCAUUUUUAUAAUUUCCUCCCCCUCCCCCGCACUCGCCUGCAGACUUGGCACAGAAAACGAGCGCAAUCAGUUUUUCCGAAGAACCCAGUGAUCCUGAUACAACGUUAUGCACACGGCGGUAACAAAUAGCGUGAUUCGUGCAGUAGAUUUAUAAAGCUGGAAAUUAUACAUAUUUAGAGAAAUACAUCAAUAUGUGAUACUAUUUAAGUCUUUCUUACAUUUUUACAUUUUUCCGAUUCACGCACAAAAUUGUCUCGCACUUUGAGAGAGAUGUGUACGACUAAGCCGUACAAGGACGUGUGACGCGUAAUCAGGUAUAAUCUGUCGAGGGGGGGCGUGGGCGAGAAGUAAUUCUGUACCUCACGGAGAAAUAUCUCUGUUGUGGGUUUACUUAUGUAAUCUGUACAAUCGUCGCAUCUGAUUAACGUAGACAAGUCGCAUUAGAUACUAUCCAAGAUGCACGGUUGCGCAGGUACGUGAAAAGAAAAUGGUAACUCGUGUGUACUAUAAUACUAUGCGAUACACUCGUCAUAUACAAUUGCUAUCUGUUUGCGCAUUUCGAUUCUCUCACCCUUUUCGCAUAUUUCGCAACGAGAGGUCUUGACAAAAAACAAAGUAACAAGUGUAAAUUAUCCUAGCGGUGGACUUUUGCGUUACGCUAACAAUAAGUUGAACGAGUAUUCUACGACAAUGUUUUCGAUGUAGUGCUAUGCGCGCGCGCGUGUAAUUUCUUCACCGUUAUUGAUAGAACAGGUACUUGUGCGAAGAAAAAAAAACUGAAGAAUAUAUAUAGAUAUACGAGAGUAUGUGUGUAAGGAAUAUUUGUAUAAAUGAAAUUAAGUUUUCACUCUUUUAAAGUUAAGAUAAGUAAAUAAGAUGUUUACGUAUGGUUUCCGCGUUAUUACGAACGAAAGUAUAAAACUGAAAGAAUCCAAAUACAAAUAAAUAUUAUACAAAUUC